CUUAUACACCCAGCUUCUCUGUUGAAAAAAUUUAAUUUUCCACUCCUUUCAAGAGCCGCAGAGAAGAUUAUCGUUUUUGCUUAAACAAGGCUAACUAGAGAUGGCUGAUGAGGAUAUUCAACCUCUUGUUUGUGACAAUGGAACUGGAAUGGUUAAGGCUGGUUUUGCUGGAGAUGAUGCCCCAAGGGCAGUGUUUCCCAGUAUCGUUGGUCGACCACGCCACACAGGUGUGAUGGUUGGAAUGGGUCAAAAGGAUGCUUAUGUAGGAGAUGAAGCCCAAUCAAAGAGAGGUAUCCUUACCUUGAAAUAUCCUAUCGAACAUGGCAUUGUUAGCAAUUGGGAUGACAUGGAGAAGAUUUGGCACCAUACUUUCUACAAUGAGCUUCGUGUUACUCCUGAGGAACAUCCAGUACUUCUUACAGAAGCACCACUUAACCCUAAGGCUAAUAGGGAGAAGAUGACCCAGAUUAUGUUUGAAACAUUUGAUGUGCCAGCUAUGUAUGUUGCUAUUCAGGCAGUUCUUUCGCUCUAUGCCAGUGGUCGUACAACAGGUAUCGUCUUGGAUUCCGGUGAUGGUGUGAGCCACACAGUGCCAAUUUAUGAAGGCUAUGCCCUCCCCCAUGCUAUUCUCCGGUUAGACCUUGCUGGCCGUGAUCUUACAGAUUCCUUGAUGAAGAUCUUAACCGAGAGAGGGUACUCUUUCACGACAAGUGCAGAACGAGAAAUUGUUCGUGACAUUAAAGAAAAACUUGCAUAUGUUGCUGUUGAUUACGAGCAAGAAUUAGAGACUGCCAAGAGUAGCUCUGCCAUUGAAAAGAGUUACGAAUUGCCUGAUGGUCAAGUGAUUACAAUCGGAGCAGAGAGGUUCCGUUGUCCUGAAGUACUCUUCCAGCCCUCUUUGAUUGGAAUGGAAGCUGCCGGAAUCCAUGAAACUACAUACAACUCCAUCAUGAAGUGUGAUGUCGAUAUCAGGAAAGAUCUAUAUGGAAACAUUGUGCUUAGUGGCGGAACAACCAUGUUUCCUGGUAUUGCUGAUAGGAUGAGCAAGGAAAUCACAGCGCUUGCCCCUAGUAGCAUGAAGAUUAAGGUGGUUGCACCUCCUGAGAGAAAAUACAGUGUCUGGAUUGGGGGAUCUAUUUUAGCAUCUCUUAGUACCUUCCAGCAGAUGUGGAUUUCCAAGAGUGAGUAUGAUGAAUCCGGACCAGCCAUCGUUCACCGGAAGUGCUUCUGAUUUGGAUUCUGAAAUCUGUAUUAUUCAGUCCUUGUGUCUUUGUCGAUUCAUUUUGGUUGCAUUCGGAAGCUUUUUUUUUUGGGUUUAUCCAUCUGCUAUAAGAUAUUGUUUGCAUUGAGUGGCUUUUCAUACUAUUUUUCUGUUAGGCCAAGAAUUAUAUUCUUUUCGGGGCUUUUCUGA